AUGGAUAGGCCACGGCAUAAUGAUCAGUUAGCUGUGAAAAUGAUUGGGAAGAAGAUAAAGAAGGAGACUCCUUUACACCUACCCAAUGGUUACACAAGCAAGAACCGCUUAAGAAGAAGCAUUGUUCCACCGCUAACGUCUUCCCCGAAGAUUAGACCAGCUCCUCUGAUAAACGGGCCCCAUGAUGUUCCUCUUCCUCCUGCCAUGACUCAACCAACUCAUAACUUAGCUAGACCACCAAUGAUGGGUCAUGCAGACAAGUUUUGGUCCAAUAUUGCAGCUGAGUCUCUUCCUUCAGCUAGGUUCAGUGGUGGCGGGAUAUUGCCUACUCCUGUCUCUCCUCAAAGCUCGAUUGGAGAUUCAGGACCCAAUAGAAACCAAAUGAAACCAUCUCAUGACUAUCAACAACCACCACGGUUCAAUGGUUCUGCAUCAAGUGUACCCAUUUUGCCCUCUCCUACGUUCGACGGUCCCGGGAUAUUACCCACUCCACCAACAAGUUUCACAUCCUCAUCAAUGGCUCAAGCUGGAAUUCUUGGUCCGGGGCCUCCUCCUGCAUCUACUGGUCUCGUUUUUCUCGCCAUUGCCAUUUGGAGAGAAUACUAG